GAUGACCUCACCGCACCGCAGAAUCCAACGUUCGAAGCUGCCGUACGUCCAAUGUUUCGUCUUGGUGAUGCAAGCAAAACCCAGCAAAACCCAACCAAAUCGUGCUUUCCUCGUCCGUUGUGAAUCAUUUGUGCCACCUCGUCUCUUACUCCUGCUCUUUUAAUGCACACAGAUUAUUAUUAUAAAAGUUCCAAGUUUGGAACUCUCCUACUUAUCACAACUUACUUCAUACAACUUACUUCAUGUUGCCUAGGUAGACUACCUUGAUACCUCUACCUACUACACACAAUCCAUAUCCGAUCUAAUAAACUCCAGUUGCGUUUGCGCAUAGAAGAAAGUAUAAACAUGACGGAUCAAGGUGAUUUUGAAAAAGAUGCGACGGGAAAGGAAUAUGGGAACCCUCACAAUGCUAAGCACCCAAUUCCUACAGUACAGGGAUACCGACAGCACAGAAAGAAAUUGGAUGGCCAGAUAGAAGAGGAAGAACAAGCACAACAAGGACCAGAAGAUGAUUCAAAACCCAAGCGCGCAUUUCAGUCUGCCAAGGCCGUCAUCCAAGGAGAAGAUACCCCAAAGUCUCAACAUGACCCUUAUCCUUCUACAAAUCACAACUAUGUUAAUCCGCAACAAACUUCUCGCCAUGAUGCAAAUAGAAGGGGAGAAGAAGAACGAGAACAAACUCCGGAUGAGCGCCAGGACGAUGACAACCACCGAAGCAAGAAGGGAGAAUCAGACAAGUCUGCAACGGAAGUUGCUACAAGUGCUGUAGAUCCAAAAGAAAAACGCAAAGCGAUGAAAAAGACAAAGAGGCAUGGCGGGGGACGCGAGGUCACAGACCCAGUCACCCAUCUGCCGAUUAUUAUCCAUGAUCAGACUGGGAAGGAUCUCAACUCAACACCUCGCAAUGAACCAGAACCCGGAGUACAUCACCUCACCGCUACUGGUCCGCAAGGUGCUUCCAAGUCCGACCAAGAGUUGCGGUUAGAGCAGGAUAAUGUGCAGAAAACCUACAAUGGCAUGCAAAGGCUAUUUCCGCCACCAAAUUUCGAGGAAACAAGACAAGAGCUAGCUGCCGUAUACCAACAAGCAGUAUACGCUGGCUUGGCUAUCAUUGGUUCUCUAGCUGCAUCUCUAGUACUUCUCCCGUCAAUUUUCAUCGGCUAUGGUUGGUUGGUAUUGUUAAGCACGGUGCUAUUUGUUGUAUUGGGCGCGGCCACCGUGGUUGGGAUGGGAAAGUGGGUAAAUAAAAGAGUUAGUGAUGUGUUUGAAGAUGAGACUUGGGAUGCUGCGCGGCGUGAGGAGCAGGCUAUCUUGAGUAAUGACGAAGAGUUGCCCGAAUCAGUUCAAUGGCUCAAUAGUCUCUUUGCAGCAAUUUGGCCACUGGUUAAUCCCGACCUCUUUGCUUCCCUCGUCGACCAGAUUGAAGACAUUAUGCAAGCCUCUUUACCUAAGGUUAUAAAGAUGGUAAGCGUAGAUGACAUGGGUCAGGGGAGUGAGUCUAUCCGAAUUCUCGGGAUUCGGUGGCUCCCAACUGGAGCGGCGAGCCAGUCCGUUGGCUCUGACGGAGAACCUCAAGGCGGUGAUAAGGGCACCGGAAGCGACCGAACUGACCCGCAGAGUCCCCAAAGUGAUGCAGAUAAUCGAGAAGAUGGGGUUGAAGGAGCCCCGAAGCACGAUAAUGAAAAACCCACGGAUCCGAAGCAAGAAGAGCAAGAACAAGCGGCCAUACGCGAGGGUAUGGAGGCCGAAGAGGGUGAUUUCGUAAACUUAGAACUUGCACUUGCUUAUCGAAGCCGCUCAUCGGGCAAGUCGAUAAAGUCCAAGGCGAAGAACGCACAUCUGUAUUUGAAGUUUUAUCUUCCUGGAGAGGUGGCAAUUCCCGUCUGGGUUGAACUCAGAGGUCUCGUCAUGACUGUGAGACUCCGUCUACAGCUGACUCCGGACCCACCAUUCAUCUCGUUAUGCACCAUGACUUUCCUUGGGCAACCUAAGGCCAGUAUAUCGUGUGUUCCCCUUUCAAAACACAGCUUCAGUCUUACCGAUAUUCCAUUGAUAUCCUCUUUCGUCAACUCGGCAAUCGACGCUGCUCUGGCGGAGUAUGUAGCUCCCAAGAGCCUAACCCUCAGUCUCAAGGAUAUGCUUGUGGGCGAGGACUUCAAGAAAGAUACAACCAGUCUCGGUGUAGUCUGGAUUUUCAUUAAAGAUGCACAAGAUUUCAAGCAGGGCGACGGUGGAGUGGGCCCUAUACAAGGUUCGAGCGAUUCAUACGUCACCGUAUCCUGGGGCAAAUUUGGAAAGCCAGUUGCUUCGACUCGCAUUAUUACGGGCGAUAGUAACCCAAGGUGGCAUGAAUGGGCCAGUAUACUGGUGACCCCAGAAGAAGUGAACGCAGAAGAAAAGUUACGACUCCAGCUCUGGGACUCGGAUAAGUGGUCGGCGGAUGAUGAUCUAGGCCGCGUGGAAAUAGAUCUGAAAUACUUGAUAAAAAAUUCGAAUAAAAUGCUCGACCGUCAGGACCGGUUCACCGGCCAGGACCCUGAUGAGGCAAUGCCAGGGUCGUUGACUUGGUCCGUUGGGUACUUUUCGAAGAAGAGGAUCACUUCCAAGGAGUUUGAGCAGCAGACUAUUGACGAAGAGAUAAAGACGAAAGAACAGCUCAAGCAGCACGUCUCAGAGCUAUCAGAGCACAAGCUUAGGGAGUCCGGAAAACCUUCAGACGAUGAAGAGGUUAAGCAACAGAAAGCCCAAGACUACAGAGAACUCGAAGAAGCUAUGAUUGUCUCAGCGCCGCCGUCUACUGACUUCGUUUCGGGUAUUGUCAGUGUGCAGAUACAUAAUAUCACCGGGUUGGAAGUACAAAAGCUUCGUAAGACAGACAAGGGAGAGGGAGAAGAAGACGAAGAUGAAGCGGAGCAGCGCGAUGACAUGCCUGACAGUUACUGCACUAUCCUACUUAAUCAUAAGAAGAUCUACAGAACACGGACGAAGCCAAAGAACUCGAAACCAUUCUUCAACGCCGGGACCGAACGUUUCGUUCGAGAUUGGAGAGAUACCGAGAUCAUUAUUAGCGUGCGGGACUCACGGGAGCGAGAAGAUGAUCCGCUUCUCGGGAUCGUUUACCUACCACUGAGGAAAGUGUUUGCGAAGAGGAGCCAGGUUAUGGAGAAUUAUCCUUUGGUGGGAGGCAUUGGCUACGGUCGAGUGCGUCUAAGCAUGGUUUGGAGAAGUGUUGAGGUUAAACUUCCUCCAAAUCUCACCGGAUGGGAUUAUGGAACCCUGGAGAUCCGAGGCUCUAUGAAGGCGAAAGCCGAUUUACCUAAGUCUCUAACAGAACACCGUGCCAAGAUACGAACCAACCUAGGACGCGCCAAGAUGGUUCCAGAAAACGGUUCUUGGGUACCUAAGAAUAAGACACGCGAUGAGGCUAUGUUCUUGGCCAUCCGUAAACGAUACGCCUCAAACAUGGUGAUUGAAUUUCGUGAAUCCGUGCUUGGGCCAGAUAGAACCGCAGCUUUCGCGGUCCUGUGGCUUCACGAGCUUGUGGACGAGGUAAAUGAGACGAAGACCUUGAAGGUAUGGAAAGGAUCGAAGGAUGGCCUGAAGAAAGCGGAAUCAUGCUGUGACUACAAUGGCAUGGCAGAUGGCGAGCAGCCUUUGGGCGAAGUUGAACUAGAGCUCAGAUUUUGGCGUGGUCUUUCUGGAUAUCACAAGGUCUAUGCCGCUCAAGCUAAGAACAAUGAGUUGCGGAAUGUGAUGGAAUGCUUGGAUACGAUCACUGACGAGAAACUUGACGAUAACGAGGACGAGUAUGAUGAAAGCGAGGACGAUACGUCAAGCGACAAUGACACAGAAGAUGAAACCCGUAAAAAGCUCCGCGUCCAUACGAACGACUCCUCCUCUUCAUCUGCUAGCUCCGACGACGAGGAGCAUGGUGAUGGUCACGGAACCUCGAACAAGUCCCACUUAUCACUGUCGGGUCUCAAGAAAGCCAAGAACAUAUUUCGCAGCCCCGUCGAUGGGCUAAGCGAAGUAGCUACGUCUGUGCUGGCGCCGGGACAUAACGAUCCUGACGAUGGGUCUAGAGGUGUACGAGGACAGUUACGUGAUUACAAGGACCACCACAAACAGCUCCAUCGCAAGCACCGGGGCAUAAUGCAGUGGCGGCCCGCGAGAGAGGCUAACCACAUAGGCGGUAAGCUGAGCAGGAUCAAGGGUAACAUUAGUGGUAUCUUCCAACAUGGGGAAAAGGAUACUGGCGUCGAGACUGAGGUAUGACGGAUCCGAUGGAACCACAUGGACAUGGGGAUAGGCAUGGGGAUGAGCAUGGGGAUGGGAUGGGUUGGGUUGGGAUCCAUGAUGUUAUGGGUCCAUGGGCCGCUCUUAAAAUACUGAGGUUGCAUGCUGAUCAUGUAUGCGCCGUGAAUUUGGCCUGUUUGGGUAAUUAUUUAUGUAAUUUAUGUAAAAGUACCUACCUAGGGAUGGAUCCAUCACGGACUCCGUCACGGACGUGGGCUGACUAGGACCGACUAGAAGAUUGCUGCCAUGGACUUUAUCGCAACCCCCUAAAUACAACAUUCAAAAUGAAUACUAAUCAUAUAAUAAUUGU